CAGAAGAGGACACGGCCGGUCACGGUCAGUGGUGGCCACCACCCUUCCCGAUCCUCCAACCCCGCGCCGGCCGUCACAUCAGAGAACCGAUCAGCCCCUUGCCGAACUGCCCUGGCGCUACAAAAGCUCCAAGCAUGCCCGUCCCGUUUCUCGCCGGCCUAGGUAGUGUACAGCUACUGCCACCAGGCCGCUGCGACCUCCGACCCCUCGCUCUUCUUCCUUCCUUCUCGGACCACCCCAUCUCUUUGUCGUCCCAGCUGCUGAUUCUACAAUCACGCUAACGAGCUGUAGCGUGGUCCGCUCUGUAGCAGCCUAGCAGGAGAGAGACAGAUACAGAAAUGGAGGCUGGACAUGUCGCGGCGGCGACGUGCGGUACACCGAGGACGGUGCCGUUCGCAUGGGAGCACGAGCCGGGGGUGUCCAAGCUGCAGAGCCCGGCCGAGGCCAAGAAGCAGCCCACCAGCCGAAGGACAACGUCGUCAGCCAGCAUGAAGAAGGCGGAGGCGCCUCGGCUGCGCGUGCCGCUGCCACCGGGAGGAGCCGGGGCGCCGGCCAUGUCUCCGUCCCCGUCGGCGAGCAGACGGGGCGUCGUCCGGCCGGAGGAGGACCCGUUCCUCGCGGCCUACCUGGCCUGCACCGCGAGCGGCAGGAAGGCGGCCGGGAGAGGGCGCGACGUGGGGGCCCAGAAGCUGCUUGGAUGGGCCGGGCUUAGACUCAGCCUCGGGCUCGGCCUCGGCGCCUCCUGCAAGAGCUCCUGUGGGGUCGUGGAGGGCAGCGUCGUCAGGCUGCCAAAAGUCCGUGAAGCCGAUGAUCGUUGUUAAGAUCUACAGCAGUUUCUGCCUUUUCUGGUGCUCAUUGUACUGCUUUUGAUGCUCUGUAGUACAGUAAAGAUCGUGUUUAUUAGCAGGGGAGAAGCACCAAACACAUACAAAACAGUUAAACAGAGUUAUUAUGGAGUCUGAAUUUCACUUGGUCUUAACCUAUGACGGUGAGACAGACUGGUAGCAGGUGACAAAGUUUCUACUGAAAUAAGAUAACCCGUGGCCGGCUAUACAAUGUUUCUAUCUGUUAAUUUUUUUUAAAAAACAAAACUAAACCUAUUGAUUUUAUUUCCAUAGAAGAAAGUUUGGUUGCAUGCCUAAUGGGUUUCAGUCGUUAUCCGGUACUUUACGGUAAACUAUAUGGUAUACUUGUGUAAGGCAGACAUGAUGUCAAUAUUAUCUAUAGGAGAUGCAAAAUAAUUGUCUACAUC